AUGGCGAUCAUGGUGGCAGAGGAGGAGACGACGACUAUCGUGGUGACAGAGACGGUGAUUGGAACAGAGAUGAAUCAAGUCGUUCGAAUAAGCUGGGCAUCUUCGGUGUGGCUGUUGCUGGCGUCUUUUGUAGCGAGCUGCUCUGCAGCUUCAAAGUGUCCGCUGGAAGAAGGUAAGACACCUGGUGUAGUUCGUCGAGUAAUUUUGGACUUGGACGCCGGAGGAGACGACGCUUGGGCAUUGACGAUGCUGCUGAUGAACGAAGAGAAGUACAACAUCUGCGUCCAGGCCGUAACCUGCACGCAUGGGAAUGCACAGGUGCAGGACGUUGAAGUAAAUGUGCUGCGAAUUCUGGAGGCCCUCGGCCGCACCGAUGUGCCAGUGUAUGUUGGUGCUAAGGAACCACUUAUAACGCCACCUCCCGAUCGGAAAGAUUCCCAUUACUUCUGGGGUGAAAAUGGUUUCGGGGACGUCGAUUUUGGAAUGAAGCCUGUGAAACGGAUCCAAACACCAGAGCAUGCGGUCCAUAAGAUGAAGGAUUUGUUCCUGCGGUAUCCCAAUCAAAUUUCCCUUCUAGCUGUUGGACCCUUGACGAACGUGGCCUUACUUUAUAAGAUGUACCCCGAGGUGAAGGACAAGAUAGCCAGCUUGUACAUACUGGGCGGAAACCGGCAUGGUGUUGGCAAUACAGCCUUUGCCGCGGAAUUCAACUUCUUCACCGAUCCGGAAGCCGCUCACAUCGUUCUCAACAACUCCCCAAUGACCGUACAGGUGUUUCCCUGGGAAACAGUUGUCUCACUGAUGUCGCAGUUUUCUACCCGAUGGCGCUUUGAGACGUUUAUGAAAACAUCCAACCCCGCCAUCCGGGUUCUCAAUAAGGUCGAAUGGGAAGUAUACGCCCAGGAAGACGGAUGGACCCCGUGCGAUAUGUACGUUGCGGCCGUUUUCCUGAAUCGCAGCAUAUUGGAGUCGGUUGUAAAAUAUCGGGCCACGGUCGAGUUGAAUGGACGUGUUACUCGUGGAAUGAUGGCCAUUCUACAUCACGUCACCGAUUCCGAACAACACAAUGUGGCUGUUAUAGACAAAGUGGACGAAGAAGAAAUUCGUCAAAUGUUGCUGUCUCUGGAUAGUGAGAUUAACAAAUCUACCUAA